AUGGUCUCAUUCUCGUGUGAAGUCUGUAACGAUACUGUGGUCAAGAAGAAGUUGGAUCAGCACUCUCAAAGGUGCUAUGGUGCCUACUUCUCCUGUAUUGAUUGUUCAACUACUUUCCAAGGCACCUCAUACAGAGCACAUACCAGUUGCAUCUCAGAAGCAGAAAAAUACGAAAAGGCUUUGUAUAAGGGUCCAAAGCAGAAACAGCAGAAACAGCAGAAACAGCAGAAGCAACAGCAGCAUUCAGAGACGAAAUCAGAAACUGUAAAAGAGCCAACAAAUGUUGAUAAGCCUGCUAAGAAGGAAAAGGAGUUCAAAAAUCAGAAGGAAUUCAAAAAUCAGAAGGAAUUCAAAAAGACAGCCUCUUUGGCCAAGUACUUGGACUCCAACAAGGAGGAAAAUUUGUACAAGAUAGUCAAGAAGCUCUCCAAGGACAACUCCGAGGAAUUAAAGCAAGUGUUGAAGAAGUUGAGAAUCACCAAGAAUGAAGUUGGUCAAAUCAUAAUAGCAUGA